AUGGCCACUAUCUGCCCGGCUGAAUUUCCCGAUUUCAAAGUCAUAGGCCGCCAGAACGGGGCUAAGGAAGAGCUCGAUGGGCGCGAGUUUCUCACGCAUAGUCCUCCAGACCUCCCUCCCCGCCAUCGCAUCCUAGCUCUACUUGGCACGACCGACAUAGAAGAUCAAGCUAGCCCAAAUGAAGAUGGGUAG